ACAUCCGGUCCUACACUUAAAUGCGUCCCCAACUUGUUUCCCGCUUGAAUGAGGCGUCUGUGUAUGCUUGCAGCGACUUUAGUCCGAACCAAAUAUUUCCUUAAUCCGAACCACAGCGCUCCUUUUGCCGCUAGGUUGCUGACAUCUCACGACAGUUGCCAGCGUGUAACAUUCCACUUGGACGCCACGGGAAGACGGCGGCACAUGUCGAGUGAAGCCAAGAAGCUGCGCGCUGAAGAGACAAUCAUGGACACAAAGAAGAAGAUUGGAACCCACAAUGGAACUUUCCACUGCGACGAGGUCCUGGCUUGCUUCUUCCUGCGUCAGUUAGCUCAAUAUAAGGAUGCAGAGAUUGUACGGACCAGGGACCCGACACUGCUGGCGGACUGUGACAUUGUUGUAGAUGUGGGAGGAGAGUUUGACCCAAAGAGGCAUCGCUAUGAUCACCAUCAGAGGACUUUUGCAGAGACGUUCCACAGCCUGUGUCCAGAUAAGCCUUGGGUCACCAAGCUCAGCUCGGCCGGCCUGGUCUACCUCCACUUUGGUCAUCAGCUGCUGGCCCAGCUGACUCAGCUGAAGGAGGACGAUAAGCAGCUAGAGGUCCUCUACGACAAACUCUACGAGAACUUUGUGGAGGAGGUGGAUGCCGUAGACAACGGCAUUUCACAGUGUGACAGUGAGGCGCGCUAUGCCAUCUCCACCAUGCUGAGCGCACGUGUCAGCUACCUGAAUCCACGCUGGAACAGCAAGAGUCAGGACACUGAGGAGGGGUUCAAAAAGGCUAUGGCUAUGGUUGGACAGGAGUUUCUGGACCGUUUGGAUUUCUACAAGUCAUCUUGGUUGCCAGCACGCCAGGUCGUGGAAGAGGCUGUCAGCGAGCGACAUAAGGUAGAUCCCAGCGGGCAGGUGCUGGUAUUCUCUCAGGGUGGAUGUCCCUGGAAGGAGCAUCUGUUCGCCCUCGAAAAGCAGCUCCAGGUAGAGACUCCCAUCAAGUUUGUGCUUUACCCCGACCAGAAUGGACAGUGGAGGGUCCAGUGUGUCCCGGCGGGCCUCAACACUUUCCAGAACAGGCUGUCCCUGCUGGAGGAGUGGCGCGGCGUCCGUGACCAAGACCUGUCAAAGCUCAGUGGCAUCGAGGGCUGCAUCUUUGUCCAUGCCUCUGGCUUCAUUGGCGGGAACAGGACACGGGAAGGAGUCCUGGAGAUGGCCCGGAGGACCCUGCAGGCCGCUGCACAGUCGCCUGCCAACGGCGACUCUUGACCAAAGAGAAUGUUGGUUUGUUAGCGUGGAAGUGCAAACGAUCCGAGGAAACAAUUACAAAAGUGGAAAUCCAAGUAAUUAAAUAUCUAAUCAAGGGGUGUCAAACGUACGGCAAUACAAAUGAGCCAACAUUUUUUAAUGAAAGAAACUGCUGUUCUAAAUGUGUCCACUAGAUGUCGCAAUAGCAAUUAUUUGUAUCUUUGUAGAUGAUGCUACAUAUGUAAAAUAAUGAUUUUAUCUUGAUAGAUUAAAAAUUAACACCAAUGGUUUAACUGAUGAACAUUGUCACAUCAUUUAUUCAGAAAGUAUAAAUAAUGACAAAUAAAGAUAGAAUACUAUUAACUGCAACAUGUAAGUGUAAAAAAAAAACAACGUUAUGAUUUGUACAUUUUCAGAAUGUGCUUGUUCUAUUUUUAAACAACGAAAAUAAUCUGAAGUUGUCUUUAUUUUUAAGUUAUGCCGUGAUUUUACUAGUCCGGCCCAUUUGGGGGUAGAUUUUUCUCCAUGUGGCCCCCGAUCUAAAAUGAGUUUGACACCCCUGCUCUAAACUCUAUCAAAGGUGAUAAUUGAAAAAACAUUUCUAUGUUAGACCUCUUGGGCCUUUGAAAGUAAUAUGUUUUCGGAAUUAUAUAGAAAUAACCUAAAUCUAAAACAGAAAAAAAUUCUCAAACUAGUUUAGAUUUCCACUUUUUGUCAUGUGCCAAUUAGUUAAAAUUCAGCCUUUACAAAGACUAUAAUUCACCUGGUAAUUGAUACUGUCAGAGAUGCAUACAAUUAGAGUACCGGUAAUGUGUGUAAUUGAGAUGUUUUUCGAAUGAUUUGUUCCUCUAUAGUAGUCAAAAUGUUGGUCUUUUUUUUUUUUUUUAAAGAAGUGAAGUUCAACACCAUAACCACGUUAAUAAAACACUACAAUCAAGACAUUCGCCUCAGUACAAAGUCCUUAAAAGAUAUUCACUAUCCCACAAAUUCCUGCAAUUACCAAAUAUAAAGAAAAUGUGAGAAAAAAAGGCUAUUGAGUUAACUCGUGAUUCGUCACAAAAAAAAUGUUGCAUUAAUCAUUAACACACACUUACAGCAGAUUAUUCAUGCAGUUUAUUUUGAGCGUACAAGCUCUUUUACCUUAACCGCUAUUCGGUCAGUGAUCUGAUCAAUGCAUACGUCAUUACAACAAUGAGUGAGGAGACUCCGACUGGUGUGCUUGCUGGCAAAUUUCCCUCCAAAAUUCAGCCUGAAAGGACUUAGGAUAAAAUUUUGACUUGGCUUUGUGCAAAUACAUGACAGUACAACGUUUAAAAAGGUUCCUGGAUGACAUUCUGAAAAAAAAUGCAUUUGUCUACAAAUGUUUUUUUUAUUUUAAAGCAAAUUACCUGUGAUUAAUCAUGAUUAAUCCGAAUUCCAAAAUGUGAUUAAUCCGAAAACCUGAAAAUGAAAGAAAAAAAAAGGUGUUACGGAAAAAAAUUUUUGCUAAAAUUUCGUAAAUUUACGAAAAUUCAAAAAAACGGACUAGCUUCAGCAGCACAUUUCUGGUGCUGUAGUUGUAUAAAAUGUUUCAAAACGUCAUCAGGAGUCCCGACACAACCUAAAAAUGGAAGAAAAUGCAUAUUUUGCGGAAAAAAUGUUUUGCUAAAAUGUCGUAAGGGGGACCCUUUUGAAAAAUUUAAAAAAACGCACUAGCUUCAGCAGCACAUUUCUGGUGCUGUAGUUGUAUAAAAUGUCUCAAAACGUCAUCAAAAGUCCCGACACAACCUAAAAAUAGAAGAAAAAAAAGGUUUUUCAGAAAAAAAAAAUUGCUAAAAUGUCGUAAGGGGGGGACCCUUACGAAAAAUUGAAAAAAACGGACUAGCUUCAGCAGCACAUUUCUGGUGCUGUAGUUGUAUAAAAUGUCUCAAAACGUCAUCAGGAGUCCCGACACAACCUAAAAAUGGAAGAAAAUGCAUAUUUUGCGGAAAAAAUGUUUUGCUAAAAUGUCGUAAGGGCUUACGAAAAAUUCAAAAAAACGGACUAGCUUCAGCAGCACAUUUCUGGUGCUGUAGUUGUAUAAAUUGUCUCAAAACGUCAUCAAGAGUCCCCUUACAAUCUGAAAAUGGAAGAAAAAAAAAGGUUUUACGGGAAACAAUUUUUUUUUCUAAAAUGUCGUAAUGGGGGACCCUUACGAAAAAUUCAAAAAAACGGACGAGCUUCAGCAGCACAUUUCUGGUGCUGUAGUUGUAUAAAAUGACUCAAAACGUCAUCAGGAGUCCCGACACAACCUAAAAAUGGAAGAAAAUGCAUAUUUCACAGAAAAAAAACUUUGCUAAAAUGUCGUAAGGGGGGACCCUAACGAAAAAUUCAAAAAAACGGACUAGCUUCAGCAGCACAUUUCUGGUGCUGUAGUUGUAUAAAAUGUCUCAAAACGUCAUCAGGAGUCCCGACACAACCUAAAAAUGGAAGAAAAUGCAUAUUUUACAGGAAAAAAAAAUUGCUAAAAUGUCGUAAGGGGGGACCCUUACGAAAAAUUCAAAAAACGGACUAGCUUCAGCAGCACAUUUCUGGUGCUGUAGUUGUAUAAAAUGUCUCAAAACGUCAUCAGGAGUUCCGACACAACCUAAAAAUGGAAGAAAAUGCAUAUUUUGUGGAAAAAAUGUUUUGCUAAAAUGUCGUAAGGGGGGACCCUUACGAAAAAUUAAAAAAAAACGGACUAGCUUCAGCAGCACAUUUCUGGUGCUGUAGUUGUAUAAAAUGUCUCAAAACGUCAUCAGGAGUUCCGACACAACCUAAAAAUGGAAGAAAAUGCAUAUUUUGUGGAAAAAAAGUUUUGCUAAAAUGUCGUAAGGGGAGACCCUUACAAAAAAAUUCAAAAAAACGGACUAGCUUCAGCAGCACAUUUCUGGUGCUGUAGUUGUAUAAAAUGUCUCAAAACAUCAUCAGGAAUCCCGACACAACCUAAAAAUGGAAGAAAAUGCACUUUUUACAGAAAAAAAAAAUUGCUAAAAUGUCGUAAGGGGGGACCCUUACGAAAAAUUUAAAAAAAACGGACUAGCUUCAGCAGCACAUUUCUGGUGCUGUAGUUGUAUAAAAUGUCUCAAAACGUCAUCAGGAGUCCCGACACAACCUAAAAAUGGAAGAAAAUGCAUAUUUUACAGAAAAAAAAAAUUGCUAAAAUGUCGUAAGGGGGGACCCUUACGAACAAUUAAAAAAACGCACUAGCUUCAGCAGCACAUUUCUGGUGCUGUAGUUGUAUAAAAUGUCUCAAAAUGUCAUCAGGAGUCCCGACAUCCUGAUUAAGAAAUUCUCAUUUGACAGCCCUAACAACACAAAAUAAGCAAAUCUCAGCUCCCCUGCUAUCUUUUCUAGUAACUUUGUUUCACUUAAAAUACAUUUGCUCUCCUAACAUUAGGCUUUUGUCUUGUAAUUUGGAUAAUUUAAUUGGUUUCCUUUGUUGUUUGCAACAAAAACACGGAAAUUGGGGUGUAAAACUCCACAAAAGUGAACAAAUAAUCUGGGAUCCAUGUUUUCGCUUUCUUCUUUUAACGCGAAAGCUUUUUUCUUGAAAUUUGCACAGUAUAUUUUACCAGUAAGUCAUGCAAUAUUUGCUAGAAAAAUAAGGACAUGUGAUUACAGAUAAGUAUUUUUUUAUUUUCAAUAUGCAAAUCAAAUAGUCAAGAUUUAUUCUCUUUUGGCCCAUUUUCCAGCGCUCGACAGUUACCCAACCAAAAAAAAAACAUUUUAGCAGAAUUAUUUUCCUUAUUGUCUUUGAAAAGGUAUGUAUUUGCAUCUCAUUGGAUUAUGCAGGUGUGUGGUCACUUUUACCGUAUUUUCCGCACUAUAAGGCGCACCUAAAAACCACAAAUUUUCUCAAAAGCUGACAGUGCGCCUUAUAACCCGGUGCGCUUUAUAUAUGGAUAAAUAUUAAGAUUCAUUUUCAUAAAGUUUAGGUCUCGCAACUACGGUAAACAGCCGCCAUCUUUUUUCCCCGUAGAAGAAGCGCGCGGUGCAUGCUGGGAUAUGUGACGUUUCAUUUCCAUUUGUGUGUUUAUGUAAAGACCCCAAAAUGGCUCCUAUUAAGUGUGUUGUCUGUCUAAUUAUAAAUAAUGCAGACGAGGC